AUGAGAUAUGAUAGCGACGACUCUGACGAUAGACUCCCUAGUCCAUCUAUUGAUUUGGCAGAAACAAAUACAGGGAGAGGACCAACACCUCCACCUCUUCUACCUCCAAAGCAGGAAGAUACAAGAAGACGUAGUUCACAUUCCUCUAGCAAGUCCAAUAAGCUGAGGAAGGAAAUAGAAACACUGCAGAAUAGGUCUUCACGUUUUUCGUGGAACAACUCUAUUGGAAAGCUUCCAUAUUUGUCUCCAUCCACUAUUAAUGUUGCCAGAAUGCCCUCCAACACUUAUACGGUGACGGAGAGCCCUUCUUCUACUAUCUCUGUCAAUGAGACUAUGUCUUCAGAUCUGUUAAAAAGUAGUGAACCACUGGUAUCACGUCCAGCCGAUUCCCCUUUUUGGAAGUAUCACAUUCUUAAGUUUGGGAAAGAUCUAUACUUGACGACUAAUCCAAGCUUGAAGCACGUCUACUGUCGUAAUGGGCCCGGUUACUUUGUGGAGAUAUUGCAUUCCGAAAAGAUUCCAGAUCCAAGAAAGGGUUUCACCAUGUUGUUCAAAGACUUGGAAAGUAUUGAAACCGGGGGCUUGGAGAGCAUUGCUCCAAUAAUGACUAUUACCAAAAAGCCGGAGGCUGAAGGUGGCUACUUUACCAUCAUCUUACCUCGCCUGAGCAUUUUGAACAAGGGAAUCAUAAAAUAUCUCAAUACUAAUGACAGUCAGUCCAGAUCUAAGAACCGCGUGUUUAAUGGUUUGGCUCUUCAAAAGGCUAUUAUGCCUCAGUUCAUUCCAGAUGUGGCCGAAAGUCUUGAAUUCAAAUUCAAUAACUACGAAUUCCGUGAUUUCAAUAAUGGUAGAUGGAAUGUUGGCUCCAUCCCCAGAGUCAGACAGAGAACCUUGACGAAGUUGAAAGAAAAGUUUUCCACAGAAGAAAGAGAACCCGAAGAUGACAGACCAAGAGUAGUUGGUAAGAAGAAUAUAUACUUCCACCAGAAUUACAUUGAUUUGGGCGAGAAUAUGGAAACAAGGACAUUGUUGUACAAGGAACGAUCCAAUGACCCAAAGAAUAUCUACUUUGAAGAUCCAAACAUUCAGUUUCCUCCUGUACUAGCACUUUUCCGGCCCUACGAAUAUAGGACUAAGAUCAAAAUAAUGAAAUCUUUCAACAAGAAUAAGAACAGGCUCCUGCAACACUUGGUGCAACAAAAACAGAUAUUCGAACGCAAUGGUCUCGAGUAUGAUAAAUUCAUAAAAGGAAAGGCUUUGGAACAUGACAUCGGUGUAGGCGGUGAUGUUUCCAAAUAUUACAAGGGAGAGGAUGGACUUUACUAUCUGACCAAUCCUAGUGAUGAUAGCCCAGAUGAAAAUAAGUUGGGUUGGAUUACAGUGUAUGAAGAUAAGAGAUUAUUUGGUUUGCCAGGCAUGUUCGAUAUUGUUCUCGGACUCACAUUAGCUGUAGGCUAUGAGAGUAGUUUAUAG